AUGAGGAAACGACAGCUAAUAAACAUCUCUAGACCGUCACAGACCUCUUCAGCCUUGGCGCCUUCAUGUUCCGCCUUUACGCUACCAAGUGAAGGCCUACUUACCCUGAAUUCCUCGACGACAAUAACCCUUGCGAGCGAUGCCAUCUAUCAACCGAAGUGCACUGGCUCAAGUGAUGUUUUCAUCGCCGACUCGGGCGCCGUGAAUCAUAUCCACUUUCGUGACCCAUUCUAUGCCUCAACCUUACCCGAGUGCUAUGCGCUUGCUGCGACAACCGUCAUAGCAUAUAUGCUUGUUAUAAUGCUGCUAAUCACUCCGCGAACAUUUAUACACGAAGGAGCGUUAGUGUUGGGAAGAAGAGGGUUUACAAAUGGGCCAUCAGGGAGUGAUGCUGGAAUAGGCAUUGGGGGACGACCAUGGUUACAGAAAGUCGCCGCUCUAACUGUCGCUAUAUCCCUGACUAUCGCUUCUGCAGACACCUUUAGAGUCGCCGAGGCGCAAUACGAAGUAGGAUACAUGGAUGCACAAGCUUUGCAAAAACAGGUGGAGGAUGGAACUCAACUAAAAGUUAUCAGAAUUAUAUCAGACACCUUCUUAUGGUUGGCCCAGGCUCAAACGCUUAUUCGAUUAUUCCCUCGCCAGAGGGAAAAGAUUAUUAUUAAGUGGACAGCUUUUGCCCUCAUUACACUAGAUGAGCUGUUCAGUAUCCUGAACAACUUUUCCUAUGAGAGCUCAUCUCGACCGAGAAGCUUUGUCGACGCGGUUCCAGCCCUUGCAUACCUAUUUCAACUAGCUCUCAGCCUUUUGUAUGCUGCGUGGGUUAUUUACUACUCGGUGACCAAGAAAACGGUUGCUUUUUAUCACCCACAAAUGAAAAAUAUCUGUCUUGUUGCCCUCCUUUCCUUGGUCUCAGUUUUAGUACCCGUCGUAUUUUUCGUUACUGAUAUAUCUAAACCCGACUUAGCUGGCUGGGGUGAUUAUGUACGCUGGGUUGGAGCUGCUGCUGCCAGUGUAGUUGUCUGGGAAUGGGUGGAAAGGAUUGAAGCCAUGGAAAGGAAUGAUAAGAAAGAUGGGGUCUUAGGCCGCGAGAUUUUUGAUGGGGAUGAAAUGCUGGAUAUCAGUCCUUCCAGCGACAUGUUUCAAACGGCUAAAUCCCCCUCGAGUAUGGCGAAGAGUAAUGAGAAGAAUACCAUGAAUGGCAAUGUUAACAGCGGCCCCAUCAAAGCAAAUUGGUUUGCAGUUACAGAGUUGACUGAUCGCUUUCGCAUACGACGAAGAUCAGAUAUCGAAUCUGGAGAAUCACAGCGGCAGACCAAAAGUCGAUAUAUUCAUGGUAGCAUAUGGCCGUCUAGACAUCCGACAGUCACAAACCCUGUAAGCUAUGUUAAUACGACAAGCGCUGACAGCACGGUUUAUUCUAUAAAAUAUCACUCGGUAGAUGAACUCCCGCCGACCAGAAUAGGGGCCCCUCGAGAUUCACAUGAUUCAGUCGAGGCAAACUUGAGUAGCACAAGCAUAAUAGAAGCCCCUACCUUACAGGAACAUAAUAAUUCAGCUUCCAGUAAUGCGAGGGAAAAUAAAAUCAACCAAGUAGAUUUGUCCAAUCCUCCCAAGCGAAAGGUUUGGUCAUCUUUACCCAAAAUCAAUUCGUUUAAAAUUCGAGGUCAAGAAACAUCUUCAAAAGCUACCCCUCGAAUAACUAGGCCUCAAGGAUCAGCAUACCCCCCAAAUAAUCACAGUAAAUGGAAGGUGCGCAGGUACUUCGAGGACUUUGCCUCGACACAAACAGGUCGAUUGCGGCAGAAAACAUCGCGCCGUAACGUUAGUGCUGAUUCUCUUCCUAAGACCGUGAUACCAGCGCCUCCCCGCAGAAAAGAUCUAUCGGCAACAUUUCAACAACUUGAUGACUCCGAUCGAUCAAAGUUUGUAUUACAAAAUAGCUCUAUGAUCUGGGCUCCAAGCUCUGGCUCAUCACAACAAAAGUCUGAUGACCAAACCUAUCUUCCACCCGGACCACGCGAUGCGCCAAGCUCUGAUUAG